AUGCGUCCAGAAGUCGAACAAGAACUCGCUCACACCCUUUUGAUUGAGCUUUUAGCUUAUCAAUUUGCAUCUCCUGUCAGAUGGAUCGAGACUCAGAAGGUCAUCUUUGAAGAGAAAAAGAUCUCCAAGUUUAUCGAAAUCGGUCCAUCUCCAACUUUGGUUGGGAUGGCAAAGAGAACUCUCAAAAAUUAUGAACCUUUUGAUCAAGCCUUGAACAUCAAUAGAGAAUUGUUAAGUUACGCAAAUGACCAAGCUGCCAUCUAUUACACUGAAGCCCCAAGUGCUCCAAAGGCUGCCGUCGCUGCUGCCUCAAAGAAAAAAGCAAUUAAAUCUGAUUCUGCUCCCAAGCCUAAGCCUGCUGCUUCAAGGGCUCCUGCUCCUAUUGCUGCUGCUCCCGCCCCUGUUGCUGCCGCUGCUCCUGUAGCUGAUCAACCAUUGAAAGCCACCUUUAUUUUACAAGUUAUUGUUGCUCAUAAAUUGAAGAAAUCUCUAGCUGACAUUCCAAUGUCAAAGACUAUAAAGGAUUUAGUCAACGGUAAAUCAACCAUUCAAAAUGAAAUUCUUGGUGAUUUGGAAUUUGGCUCAACUCCCGAGAAACCUGAAGAUACUCCUCUACAAGAAUUGGCUGAUUCAUUCCAAGAAUCUUAUAACGGAGAAUUGGGUAAAACUUCCACCGCUUUAAUCUCAAAAUUCAUUUCAUCAAAGAUGCCCGGUGGCUUUACAACCACCUCUGCUAAAUCUUACUUACAAAAAAAAUGGGGUCUCGGGGAAGGUCGUCAAAACGCCUCUUUAUUAGUUGCUUUGACUAUGCAACCUGAAAAACGUUUGGCCUCUGAAGAUGAAGCAAAUUCCUUCCUAGACUCUGUCGCUCAAAAAUACGCCUCCGUAGCUGGUGUUAACUUAUCUCAAGGCGGUGCUGCUGGUGGUGCCGCUGGUGGUAUGCCAAUGUUCGACCCAUCUGCUCUUGAUGAAAUCACCAAAGAUCAAAAGACAAUGGCAAGACAACACUUGGAAAUCCUUGCCAGAUAUCUCAAAAUUGACCUUAGAGAAGGUGACAAAAAAGUCAUUGAGGAACAAAAUCUUAAUAAAUCCCUACAAUCAGAAAUCGAUCUAUUUAACACAGAAUUAGGUGAUGCCUUUGUUUCUGGUAUUAAACCAAUCUUUAGCUCAAAGAAAUGCAGAGUUUACGACUCCUUUUGGAAUUGGGCAAGACAAGAUGUCCUACAAAUGUACUACGAUAUCAUCUUUGGCAGAUUGUCAAACGUUGACAGAGAAAUCGUAUCAAAAUGUAUUGCUGUUAUGAAUAAAGCUUCGGAAGAAUUAAUAACAUUCAUGCAAUACCACAUCAGAAAAGCCGGUGUCCUUUCAAAGGAUGAAGAUAAUGAUGAAUUCAAAUAUUCUUUGGCCUAUAAAUUAGGUACUCAAUUAAUUGAGAACUGUAAACAAGUCCUUGAAAAGGAUCCUGCUUUCAAAGACGUUGAUUAUCCAACUGGUCCUAAAACAACAAUCACUGAAAAGGGUGAUAUCAAGUACGCUGAAGUUCCAAGAGAUAACAUUAGAUCUUUAUCUCAAUAUGUUACUACCAUUGCUCAAGGUGGUGAAUUAACAAAGAUUAAAGAACCCACUCUUAAAGAAGAUUUGGUUAAAGUUUACAAAGCUCUAAUCAAACAAGCCUCAUUAACUAAAGAAACAAAACUAGAAGUUAAUGACUUAUACUCUCAAUUACUCACUUUCAUUGACGAUCAUUCGGAAGAAAUUGAAACUAAACGCUCAGCUGCCUCUAUUUUAGCUUCAGCUCAUAGUGAUGAUGAUGCCUCAGAUGAUGAAACUUCGGAAAUUGCCUCAUUGCCUGACAAAACUGAAAUUAAUCAACCGGUUUCUAGUUUAAUUCCACCAGAAACUAUUCCGUUCUUACAUAUUCAAAAGAAGACUCCUACUGGUGAAUGGCUCUACGACCGUUCAUUAACUGCAACUUAUUUAGACACCUUAGAAGACGCUGCCAUGAAUGGUAUUACCUUCAAAGAAAAAUUCGUUCUUGUUACAGGUGCUGGUCGUGGUUCAAUUGGUGCUGAUAUCGUUAAGGGUCUUAUCACAGGUGGUGCUAAAGUUAUUGUCACCACAUCUAGAUUCAACAGUGCUAGUACUAACUUUUAUAAAAAUCUUUAUAUCAAAUACGGUUCAAAAGGUUCUAAACUUAUUGUUGUUCCAUUUAACCAAGGUUCAGUUCAAGAUGUUGAUUCUUUAAUUAACUUUAUUUACUCAGAAUUAGGCUGGGAUCUUGAUGCUAUUAUUCCAUUUGCUGCCAUCCCAGAAAAUGGUAUUCAAGCAACUGAAGUCAACUCCAAAUCUGAAUUGGCUCACAGAAUUAUGCUUACUAAUGUUUACAGAAUUAUGGGUCAAGUUAAGAUUCAAAAAGAGAAAAGAGGUUUUAGAACAAGACCUGCCGAAGUUAUUUUACCAUUAUCUCCAAAUCAUGGUUUAUUUGGUUCUGAUGGUCUUUAUUCUGAAUCUAAGAUUUCUUUGGAAACAUUAUUUGCCAAAUGGGCCAGUGAGGACUGGGGUUCAUACUUGACUAUUGUUGGUGCUGUCAUUGGAUGGACUCGUGGAACUGGUCUUAUGUCUGGUAAUAACAUGGUUGCUGAAGGUAUUGAGAAAUAUGGAGUUCGUACUUUCUCUCAACAGGAAAUGGCUUUCAAUUUAUUAGGUUUGUUGUCUGAACAAGUCACUCAAUUGGCUCAAGAUGGACCAGUUAAAGCUGAUCUUAAUGGUGGUUUCCAAUUCUUAACCAAUUUGAGAGAAUUGACUGCUAACUUACGUGCUGAAUACCAAAGAACUAGUGAAAUCCGUAAGGCGGUUAGUGUUGAAUCAUCAAUUGAACAUAAAGUUGUAUUUGGCGAAAACGAUGACCACUCAAACUACAAUAAAGUUGAAUUACAACCUCGUUCUAAUAUGCAACAUCACUUCCCAACCCUUAAACCUUAUAAAGAUAUUAAAAAACUUGCUCCUGAUCUUGAAAACCUUAUUGAUUUGGAAAGUGUUAUUGUCGUCACAGGUUUUGCUGAAGUCAGUCCUUUCGGUUCAUCUGCCACUCGUUGGGAUAUGGAAGCCAAUGGUGGUUUUUGUAUUGAAUCCACUAUUUAUUUGGCCUACAUUAUGGGUUUAAUUAGAUAUGAAAAUACUCAAAAACAUGCUGGUUGGGUUGAUGCCAAAUCUGGAGCUCCAAUUGAAGAUCAAGACAUUCACACUAAAUAUGGUAAAUACAUUAUUGAACAUACUGGUAUUCGUUUGAUUGAACCUGAUUUAUUCAAUGGUUAUGAUCCAAGCCACAAACAAUUACUUCAAGAAGUUGUUGUUGAACAUGACAUGGAACCAUUUGUUACUUCUGAAGAAACUGCUUUAGCAUACAAAAAGGAGCACAAAGAUAAGUGUGAAAUCUUUAAAAACAAUUCUGGUGAAUAUAGUGUUGCCAUUAAAAAGGGCGCUAUAUUAUUUAUUCCAAAAGCUAUUCGUUUCAACCGUUUAGUUGCUGGUCAAAUACCAACUGGUUGGGACGCUAAACGUUAUGGUGUUCCAGACGAUAUCAUUGACCAAGUUGACCAAGUUACUUUAUUCAAUUUAGUUGCUACUAUCGAAGCUUUGGUUUCUUCAGGUGUUUGUGAUCCAUAUGAAUUUUACAAAUAUAUUCACGUUAGUGAAUUUGGUAUUUGUUCUGGUUCUGGUAUGGGUGGUAUCAAUGCUCUUAGAGGAAUGUUCAAAGAUAGAUAUAAAGACAUGUCUGUUCAAAAUGACAUUCUUCAAGAGUCAUUUAUUAAUACCAUGUCCGCUUGGGUUAAUAUGUUGUUAGUUUCAUCAUCUGGUCCAAUUCUUACACCAGUCGGUGCCUGUGCUACUGCUAUUGAAUCAGUUGAAGUUGGUUGUGAAGUUAUUUUAAACAAAAAAGCUAAAGUUUGUAUUGUUGGUGGUUAUGAUGAUCUCCAAGAAGAAGGAUCAUUUGAAUUUGCCAAUAUGAAGGCUACUAGUGAUGCUGUUGAAGAAUUAGAAAGUGGUCGUCCACCAACUGAAAUGUCAAGACCAGCAACUACAUCAAGAAAUGGUUUCAUGGAAUCUCAAGGUUCCGGUAUUCAAGUUAUUAUGACGGCUAAGCUUGCAUUGGAAAUGGGUGUUCCAAUUUAUGCAAUUGUUGGUAUGACAAGUACUGCUAGUGAUAAGAUUGGUCGUUCAGUUCCUGCACCAGGUAAAGGUAUUUUAACCACUGCAAGAGAACAUCAUGGAUCAUACAAAUACCCAACACCAAUCUUGGACAUUAAAUUCCGUAAACGUCAAUUGGAAAAGAGAAUUAGAAAUAUUAAUAGAAUGUUAGAAGAAGAUCUUUUAGAUGUUGAAGAUGAAGCACUUUCAAUGGCAGAUACCGAAGAAAUAUUUAAUAAGGAAGAGUUUAUUAACGAGAGAGUGCAAGAACUUAAAACUCAAGCUAGUAAAGAAAUUCAGAAUGCUAAGAGAUAUUAUACAGUUGAUAUUUUCAAGAAUGAAAGAAUUGCACCACUUCGUGCAAGUCUUGCAGCUUUUGGAUUAACCAUUGAUGAUUUGGGUGUUGCAUCCUUCCAUGGUACAUCAACCAAAGCCAACGAUAAGAAUGAAUCCGAAACUAUUGAUAGAAUGUUGAAACAUCUUGGACGUGCCAAAGGUAAUCCAGUUAUUGGUGUUUUUCAAAAAUACCUCACUGGACAUCCAAAGGGUGCAGCUGGUGCCUGGAUGCUUAAUGGGGCCAUUCAAAUUUUGAAUUCAGGUACUGUUCCAGGCAAUAGGAAUGCAGACAAUGUUGAUAAUGUCUUACAACAAUACGACCAUAUCUUGUAUCCAUCCAAGACUCUUAAGACAGAUGGAAUUAAAGCAGUUUCAGUCACCUCAUUUGGAUUUGGACAAAAGGGAGCUCAGGCUAUUGUUAUCCAUCCAGAUUAUAUUUUUGGUGCUAUUGACGAAAAUACUUAUAAUGAUUAUGCUGUUAGAAGAGCUGCUCGUCAAAAACGUACCUACCGUUACUUACAUACAGCAUUGACCAGAAGUUCGAUGUUUGUUGCUAAGAAGCACGCACCAUUUGAUGAUGCGUUGGAACAACCAGUUUACUUGGAUCCAUUAGUCAGAGUUGAAUUAAAUGAUAAGGAAUUGAAAUACAGCGAAAAGGCUAUUCAAAAGACAUUGUUAUAUGACGAAGCUGAUAAGACCGGAAAAAUGUUAUCAUUGAUGACAAAAGGACAAAAAAAUGUUGGAGUUGAUGUUGAGUUAAUUUCUGAAAUUAAUAUUAACAAUGAAACAUUUAUUGAACGCAAUUUUACUGAAAGUGAAAUUCUUUAUUGUUCUAAUACUGCCUCACCCCAAUCCUCAUUUGCGGGCACUUGGUCAGCUAAAGAAGCUGUUUUCAAGGCAUUAGAUACAGUAUCACUUGGAGCCGGUGCACCAUUGAAGGACAUUGAAAUUAUUCGUGAUGCCAAAACUGGUGCUCCAAAGGUUCAAUUACACGGAGAUGCCGCUGAUGCUGCUAUUGAUUCUGAUAUUAGGGGAUUCCAAGUCAGUAUUAGCCACAAUGAUAUCCAAGCAGUAGCUGUUGCAUUUGCUGAAAUAUAA